CAGUUUCAUCGUAAGACCCUUCAUAGUCAGAUGAUGGCAGCCAUUCCUAAAACUCUUUUGUUUUUUCUCCUGGGAUAUUUAUGCAGCGCGGAUCAGAGAGUGUUUUUGUCUGAAAAUUCUGCAAACAAUAUUUUGCUGAGACAUAAGAGAUAUAAUACAGGCCGUUUGGAAGAGUUCAUAUCAGGAAAUCUUGAACGGGAAUGUAUUGAAGAACAGUGCACGUACGAGGAAGCAAGAGAAGUUUUUGAAAAUGAUGAAAAAACUUUGGAAUUUUGGAAGCAGUAUAUUGACGGAGAUCAAUGUCUUUCAAGUCCAUGUAUGAAUGGAGGAGUUUGCAAAGAUGAUGUUAGUGCCUACCUUUGCUGGUGUCAGCAAGGAUACACAGGAAGGAACUGUGAACUGGCAUUGCCCGUCACAUGUUCCAUUGCAAAUGGUGGUUGUCAACACAUGUGCAAAGACGAUCCUAUAAAAAAAGUUAUUUGUUUAUGUGCAAGUGGAUACCGAUUGGCAGAAGAUGGCAAGUCAUGUGAAAAUGCAGUAUUAUAUCCAUGUGGAAAAGUUAGUGCACCUGAAGCUAUACCAAAAGUUAUCACCCGUUCAAUUUUGGAUUCUGAAGAAAGCAAUUCGACCAGUAUUAACGUACAGAAUGUAACCACGCCUGAGGAGACCUCUGACGAUAUUAUUCCUGUAACUGUAGAUCCAGAUACCAAGAUUGUUGGAGGGACUGACAGUCUGAAAGGUGAAUUUCCAUGGCAGGUCCUGUUGGUCAAUACAAACAAUGUAGGUUUCUGUGGUGGAUCAAUUGUGAAUGAGAAAUGGAUAGUGACUGCAGCCCAUUGCUUUAAUAUACCUGGAAAGUUUCUUGUAGUUGCAGGCGAACAUAAUACAGAGAUUAAGGAGGGAACCGAACAGUUCAUGGAAGUAAAACAAAUUAUUCCACACCCUACUUAUAAUGCCACCAAGAGUAAGUUCGUUAACGACAUAGCUCUUUUAGAGCUUGAACAGCCACUAAAGUUUAAUGAUUAUGUAAGACCAAUUUGUAUCGGUAGCAAGGACUUCACAGAUGAUCUACUGAAGAGUCAAUACUUUAGCGUUGUGACUGGCUGGGGAGAUGUAAGAUUCGAAGGAGGGCAAGCUAUUAUUCUUCAAAAACUCACUGUGCCAUAUAUUGACCGUGCCAUCUGUAAAAGGUCAAGUAGAUAUUCUAUCCAUAUGAAUAUGUUCUGUGCCGGCUAUUCUGACCAAAGUGGAGAUGCCUGUCAAGGAGACAGUGGUGGACCCCAUGCUACAGAAUACAACUCGUUUUGGUUCCUAACUGGCAUUACUAGCUGGGGAGACAAAUGUGCACAGAAAGACAAAUAUGGAGUAUACACCAAACUUUCUAGGUUCACCAGCUGGAUAUUGAUUAAUACAUCUCUCCAGUAGUCCAUGGACCACCAUGCUAUAACAUAACAAUAUAAUAAAGGUCACAAGGUAA